AUGAGGCUGUGGCCCGAAAUGAAUGUUUCGACUGCCGCUUUGGACAUCUGGCAAUGCGAGCUAGAGCCAUCUUCGCAUUACGCGAUUCCUUGCUUUUUUGCCGGCCAAGUCGCAUCGGCCUCGACUCGAGGAGGGUGAGGCUUGGCUGACUGGCUUAAGGGCAUACGGCUGCAGUCUUCUUCUGAAGACCGUGACGACUUAGGGGCUACUGGUCUCUUUUCUACUGGGUCUCUUUAUAGUCUCGUGGCAAAGAAGAAAGUGGGGGGAGAACAGUGGACGUGAGAGGGUGCAGAGGAACGAGGUCUGCACGGACACUGGAAGGCUUAGGAACUAUGAGCAGAGUGCAGUGGCCGGUGAAGGAGGAAAAAGAAGCCGGUGCUGAUGGUUUUAGGGCCCUACUCAAAAAAGUGCAGCGUGCGUUUGAGAACGACGCAGCCCGCGUAUUUCUGGGUCUCGUCCAUCAGCCGCAUCCACCCGAUCCCUUUUCCGGCUCGGCCCUUAGGCAUGAUUCUUUUCGGGCCGACUUUAGUUUUCUUGAGCCCGGCCUUUCUAUUGCUGUCCAAUGCGAUUUAGGCUGGCAAAGUGCCAUUCCCAUGUCCGCCAUCACCCUCAGGUUUAUGGGCCUUUUUAAGUCGAUUUAGCGGUGAUUUCUUUCAAUUUCAAUGCGCAAUAAUUUCCUUUUGCACUAACUUCGUUGAACUGUUUUAAAAUGCCAUGCUUUCCUGAGAGACUUCAAACUGAUUUCAGGGAGUUCGCUUAAGGUUCCGACGUUCCACCCCAGUCGAAUCUCAACCCCCCUAGGCACCUCUAGAAGCCGCGGUUGUGGAUGCGGUGGUCACACGACGAGGCGAUCAUUGCCCGAAGCAAAAAAGCGACUCCAUUUUUCGACCAGCCGGACGCUUCGAGGGACAACAGAGUCCUCAGCGAAUUAUCUCAUCGUCAGUCUGACGUUCCAUCGACUCGGCCCCAGAUCUAGUCGGUACGCCUGUGCUAGCCCGCCGAAGUCGCGUCGUUCGGUCGAUGCGCUUAGCCCCAAUUUACGCGUCCACCCCGAUACACGCAUAAACAACCACCAACAAUAGUAAGCAUAAACCAAACCUUUCGCCCCUCUCCCUGAGGCGUUCUGAGCUGAUCCACUCGCUCGACAGGCAGUCCAAGCCCGAAGUCACGGUCGUGCCAUAGCCGUUCGCCCCCAACUGCUUAUCAGCUGCUUGAGGAUCGAACAUCUCACUGCCAAUCAAGGUAUUCAUUUUUUAAUCGGUAUUUUGUUUAUGUUUCUCACUCGAAAAUUUAAGGUGAUCAUCCACUGGGUACCAGUCGAGAUUUCUGAACUAGUGCUUCUUCCCAAAUUUAUUUUUCUUGUGGGGUUUCCCUUCGUCUUUUUCUGCCCCCCCCCCUUCCCUUGCCCGGAGGCCUUUCGCUUUCCCCGUCAGGAGCCGACCAUUCCCCGAGUUAAACGAGGAGAGAUUGCAGCGAGCCGGAAACAGUUAGACAGUCUUAGUCAUCUCCCGUGCCCCCUUCCCCUCUGCGUCGCUGUCAACAUUAAGAUUGCAGCGCCGCUUUUUCUUUAGAGGCCAAAAGAGCGUAGGGAAAUGGGAGAAUGGAGAGGGAAUAAGAGAAUGGGAGAAGAGAACAACAUGGGCCCACGACGACAGUUGUUGGGGGCCGACAUGAGACGAAGACUGAGCCGUCCCGGGCUUGUCCAAAAUCGUCUGCGGUUUUUGGGUUUGGUCCCACACACUCUGACUUUUCUGCCGACCUGGCGCUUCACGCAGCGGCAGAGGUCUUUGCGUAACGUCUAGUCUGUCUGUCGGCCGAUUCGAAUGCCCGAGAGCGGUGUUGAGGAAAGAGGAUCUCCAUCCCCGGCUGUCUCUCUUUCUCUCGCUUUCCCCCAAAUUUUCUUUUCGCGCAUACAAAAAGUAACCGCACCCCAACGCCAUCCCUUUAACUCCAGCACGUCGCUACCCGUCAACGGAUCUCUCUAGCGAUACAGCAACAACACCGCCCCCCCCCUUCCUUUCUGAUUUGCGGGUGUCGACGAAAACAAAAGCGCUUCCGUCGAUUAGCUAAACCGAUUGCCGGCGAAUUCCUUCGCGGCCGAAGUGGUUUCUCCGUCUGCUCUGUCCUAAAUUUGGCAGCAUCUUUCAUCGACUGUGCUUACUCUAUGCGCUUGUAGGUCGACGCCUCGCGAAGCAUCGAACCCAUCGACCGGAGAGAAUCGACCAUCAACGAUUAUCCGCCCUUUUUUCGGCCGAUUUUCACGCAACCGCCGCUUGUCGCCUGUUUCUCCGUUCCGUUGCCCGCGGCUGUGUGGACGUCGUCGCGAUUUACGGCGACGCCACGACAUCGCGGCACCCCUCCCCGCUUCUAAAUGGCCUGUUGCCUCAGUGAAGAAGCGAGGGAACAAAAGCGCAUCAACCAGGAGAUCGAGAAGCAACUUCAACGGGAUAAGCGAAAUGCGCGUCGCGAACUCAAACUUCUGUUACUGGGUAAGUCUGCAUUCGUGCAUUAGGUUCAAGAACGAAAAACGUGUUCUUGAUGGAAUAAGGUCCAAUAAUACAACAUCUCUUUCAGGAACGGGUGAAUCAGGUAAAUCAACGUUUAUUAAACAAAUGCGAAUCAUUCACGGAAAUGGGUACUCCGAAGAGGACAAGCGCCAACAUAUACGUUUGGUCUACCAGAACGUCUUUAUGGCCAUGCAAGCAAUGAUCCGGGCCAUGGACACACUGGAAAUCAAGUACGGGAAUGGAGCGUCCGAGGUCAGUUUCCCUUGCCAUCGCUCAUGUAGUAUGCAUCAUAAACCGAUCAUCAACGCGUUUCUUUCAGGAGAAGGCAAAUGUGGUGCGAGCCAUCGAUUACGAGAACGUCACAUCGUUCGAGGAGCCCUAUGUGUCCUACAUAGCCGACUUGUGGGAGGAUCCUGGCAUCCAGGAAGCCUACGAUCGCCGUCGAGAGUACCAACUUACCGAUUCUGCCAAAUAGUAAGUUUCCGUUUCUGAUUAAGACGUCUCCCUUUAGUUAUCUGAACGAUGUCCGACGGUUAGCUGUGCCCGACUAUCUUCCCACAGAGCAGGACAUUCUCAGAGUUCGUGUACCCACCACUGGUAUCAUCGAAUAUCCUUUUGAUUUGGAGCAGAUUGUAUUCAGGUAAGGUCACCCCAUUCAUCGUAUCAGUCAUUCCGUCCUAUUCCAACAACCGCAAAUAAUUACAGGAUGGUCGAUGUGGGAGGUCAGAGAUCUGAACGAAGGAAAUGGAUCCAUUGCUUCGAGAAUGUGACCUCCAUCAUGUUCCUGGUUGCAUUGUCAGAAUAUGAUCAAGUACUUGUUGAGUGUGACAACGAGGUAAAUGAGAGAGGAACAGAGAAUUGGAGGGUUUUAUGCAGGGCAGGUGAAAACAACAUUAGGCUAGGGCCUGGUUUUUGAAAUAAGACUGACUAAGUCGUUUUAAGUAGCACUCUAGGUUUGCAAAUUAUAUACGUAAGGACAAAGUUGGCACACGUUGGAUGGGAAAAGUCAUUUGCACAGAACUAACAGAGUAUCUUCAGAAUCGCAUGGAAGAGUCGAAAGCGCUGUUCCGGACGAUAAUUACAUAUCCCUGGUUUCAACAGUCAUCUGUGAUUCUGUUCCUUAACAAGAAAGAUCUGCUGGCUGAAAAAAUACUUUACUCCCACUUGGCUGACUAUUUCCCUGAAUAUGAUGGUAAGUCUUAAAAAAAUAAAUGACGACAAUUAAAUUUUUCUGUUUAGGGCCUCCCCGAGAUGACAUUGCAGCUAGAGAAUUCAUCCUAAAGAUGUUCGUCGAUCUGAAUCCAGACGCCGAAAAAAUAAUUUACUCACAUUUUACAUGUGCGACAGGUAUGCGAAAAAAAACUUUUUUUUAUUUUAACAGAUUACGUGAGCGUUACGGUAAUUUUAAUUUCAGACACUGAAAACAUCCGAUUUGUGUUCGCGGCAGUCAAAGAUACGAUAUUGCAACAUAAUCUCAAGGAGUACAAUCUGGUCUAA